CCUUCAGCACCGCGGACAGCGCCGGCCCAGUGCUGGAGUCUGCCCCGCGACGCUCCAGGUUCUGCGGAGCUCCAGCCCUCCGUCUACGCCCACUCAGACCCGACCCGUUACCGCGAUGCUGCUGGAAGCGGAGUUCGAAGGCGACCGAGAAAGGCCAGGGGUUCCGGCGGCUGCUGCCCUCUGCACCUUUGUCGGGACGCAGGAGAUACCCCUGUGUGCCGGCUGUGACCAGCACAUCCUGGAUCGCUUCAUCCUGAAGGCUCUGGACCGACACUGGCACAGCAAGUGCCUCAAGUGCAGUGACUGUCACACACCGCUGGCCGAGCGCUGCUUUAGUCGGGGGGACAGUGUCUACUGCAAGGACGACUUCUUCAAGCGAUUCGGGACCAAGUGCGCCGCGUGCCAGCUGGGCAUCCCGCCCACGCAGGUGGUGCGCCGCGCCCAGGACUUCGUAUACCACCUGCACUGCUUCGCCUGCGUGGUGUGCAAGCGGCAGCUGGCCACAGGCGACGAGUUCUACCUCAUGGAAGACAGCCGGCUGGUGUGCAAGGCGGACUACGAGACAGCCAAGCAGCGAGAGGCCGAGGCCACCGCCAAGCGGCCGCGCACAACCAUCACCGCCAAGCAGCUGGAGACGCUGAAGAGCGCCUACAACACCUCUCCCAAGCCCGCGCGCCACGUGCGCGAGCAGCUCUCCUCCGAGACCGGCCUGGACAUGCGUGUCGUGCAGGUUUGGUUCCAGAACCGCCGGGCCAAGGAAAAGAGGCUGAAAAAGGACGCAGGCCGGCAGCGCUGGGGCCAGUAUUUCCGCAACAUGAAGCGCUCCCGCGGCAGCUCCAAGUCGGACAAGGACAGCAUCCAGGAGGGGCAGGACAGCGACGCCGAGGUCUCCUUCACCGAUGAGCCCUCCAUGGCUGAAAUGGGCCCUGCCAAUGGCCUGUACAGCAGCCUAGGAGAGCCCGCCCCUGCCUUGGGCCGGCCCUCAGGAGCCCUGGGCAGCUUUGCACUGGAGCAUGGAGGCCUGGCGGGCCCGGAGCAGUACCGAGAGUUGCGAGAGUUGCGCCCCAGCAGCCCCUAUGGCAUCCCCCCGUCCCCCGCUGCCCCGCAGAGCCUCCCAGGCCCCCAGCCCCUCCUCUCCAGCUUGGUGUAUCCAGAUACCAGCUUGGGCCUUGUGCCCUCAGGAGCUCCAGGAGGCCCUCCGCCCAUGAGGGUGCUGGCAGGGAACGGACCCAGCUCUGACCUGUCCACCGGGAGCAGCGGGGGUUACCCUGACUUCCCUGCCAGUCCUGCUUCCUGGCUGGAUGAGGUGGACCAUGCUCAGUUCUGACUAAGGCCCCCGGCUCCACCCAGCACCAGAGGAGAGGGGUCUUGGUGGCGCUGCCCCUGGGUGGGCAGCUCGGGGGGCUGCACUCUCCAUUCAAGGACCUCCAAGGGAAGCAGGAUGAGGGCAACCAGGGAGGCCUAGUGUCUGCAGAGCCUCCCCCACUGCCUGCGCCUCUGGCCCCUCCUGGGGGCCGAGGGAUUCCCAGGACAAUGCUCCUUCUACAGGGGCAACCUGCCUGGUGGCCACCCACAAGCCAGUGGCUCCAGGGCUAUGUUUUAUAAGCAGAUUUCUCCCCCUUUGUUGACCAGUGAACGGAGCACUUGCCUCUCUUCGAGGCCAGGCCUCUGCCCAACCCAGACCAGCACAGCCUUGGCUGGACAGUGCUUUCAAAACCUAAACACACAAGAUAACAUUAAUCGCCCUUCAUUUCCCAGGCACCGCGUGUCUCUGAGUGUUGACCCUGUAGCCCCCACUGUAGGUCAGGGAUCUGCCUUGCCUGUUCAGGCAGGAGGUGGGGGUGCAGAGUGGGGGCACUGCCUGUGUCCUCUGUGGCCACCAAGACCCUGGAAAGGACCUUCCUCUCCUCAGGGCUCUGGGGGCCUCUCUGCUACCAGCAACCUUCUCCACUCGUCCCUUCACCCCUCCCCAGGGUCUCAGAUCUUUCUGUUCUUGAAUACUGUGGAGGUUGCAGAG